AUGGCUGACUGGCCUCUCGCCCUCACCAGCAUCGGAGACGUCCAUUAUUUCUAUGGCCCCCCGACGAACAACCCACCACACCACCGUUUCGACAAGGGGUCCUAUAUUUACCUGUUUGAGAACGCAACCGACCGCCGCGCCCGUAUCGAGAUUGCUAACCAGCCCGGCACCGAAGACCAAGAUGCCUUUGACGGAUUCCUGGACAAGACGCACGUCCGAUACUCGUACAACCACCACUGCCUGGUGACGCUCAUCGUCGGCGAGACGACGGACCAGUUGGAAUGGCACCUCCCGACCUACGACCCCCAGAACCAGAACAAGUAUCACUACAAGCUCCAUUCGCUCGACAUCUACUUCUGGAAGGCCGAGGACGCGUUGCAGUUCGUCAACGGAAUCCGUUUCGUCCUCCCGCCUUCGCAGGUUGAGAUCCUCGACGAGCCCCAACAGCAGCAGCAGCAUCACCAAGUCCACCAACCGGCCCCUGUAAGCUCUGUGGUUCAGCAGCUCGAGCACGUCGCGAUAUCGGAUCCCAACUACGGCUCGCCCAACGCCACCUCACAGACUGCCCCGCCGAGCUUCCCCGGGCCUCCUCCGACGUCUGCCGUCCUGUCCCCCGAACAGCAGCCGCAGCAGCCUGCGAGUUUCGUGCCAAUGGCAUACAACCCCGCGGCCCCGGCAGCACCCGAGGUCAUCCGCCACAGGGAAAAGACACCGCCCCCGGAAGACGACAUCGCCGACCCCCUGGCCGCUGCCGUCGCCUACGACGCGCAAGCCCCGUUCUCCCCGGGCUUCGUCCCGCCCCCUGGUUUCCAGAGCGCUCAAGGUGUCGGCGUCGGCGGCGCGGGCCUGCCGCCCCCUCCACCACCGCAGCAGCAGCAGCACUUUGGUGGACCGCCCGCUCAUCCGGGGCUCCAGCGCGCAGCCACGGUGCCCGUGCAAACCCUCCAAAGCGGCCUUGCGUCCCCCGGGUUGACGAACCCGUACGCGAGCCCAUUUCCCGCAUCGCCGGGCUUCCAGCCUCCUCCGCCGCCGCCGCUCCCUCAACAACAGCAGACUACCCCGCCGCCGUCCACAACACCGCAAACCACGCAGCCAGUCACGAGCCCCGGCCCGACAGCAACACCUGCGGCCGUGGCGGCGCCGCCCGUCGUCCCGCCAGGAGGCUUCUCGCAGUAUUCGUACACCAGCAGCAACGGCACCGCCACGCCGCAACAGCAGCCGGGCGCGUUCGACUAUUCGAUCCACGCGCAGGCGUACCGGCCGACGGAGAUGGAGGCGAACAAGUACAAGGGCUACGCGGGCAAGCAGGACCCCUCGGGGAAGCUGGAGCAGAACAUGGGCCGGUUGGAGAAGGGGGUCACGGGGAUGUUUAGGAAGUUCGAGAAGAAGUUUGGGUGA